AUGUCUUCCUCAGAAGCUCCUCCCACAGCUUACCCCAGUACUUCUCUCAAAGCCCAAGACCAAGCACCAGGGAAGGGUCUGGAUUCCAAACUUGAGCCCGCAGCCAACUGGACACAACUCGAGUUCUGGGAUGAUGAAGGGAAGAGCCCGUAUUUGAAAGAGUAUGAAGGAAGAGGACUGCUCAAGGACAAAGCUGCGCUGAUCACAGGCGGCGACUCAGGAAUCGGUCGCUCUGUUGGCAUUCUUAUGGCUCGUGAAGGAGCCGACAUUUCAUUUGUGUAUCUCCCUGAAGAAGAGGAGGACGCCCAGCAAACCAAAAAAGAAAUCGAGAAGGCCGGACGUAAAGCACACCUCAUGCCUCUUGACAUCACCAGCCGUGAAAAUUGUCAGAAGGCAGUCGAUGAGCACAUGAAAGUUUUUGGGAAGAUCAAUAUCUUGGUGAACAAUGCAGCUAUGCAGGAAGUAUGCCAGGACAUCAAGGAUAUCGAUCUGGACAUCGUUGAAAAGACCUUCCGAACCAACAUUCUGAGCAUGUUUGCUUUGACGAAGUAUGCUGUGAAGCACAUGAAAAGAGGUUCAAGUGUGAUCAAUUCCACCUCGGUUGCUGGAUACAUGGGCAAUCCAACGAUGGUCGAUUACUCCAGCACGAAGGGCGCAAUUGCCACCUUCACACGUGCGCUCGCACAGCAGCAGGCGCCGAAAGGAAUCAGGAUCAAUGCGGUUGCUCCAGGAAUUAUUUGGACACCAUUACAGCCUGCAACAAAAGGAAAUCCAGCAGAGAAUAUGGAGGCAUUAGGGACCCAGGCGGCUCCUCUGCAGCGACCAGGUAUGCCCGUCGAGGUCGCUGUGGCUUACGUCUUCCUCGCCUCGCCAAUGGGCUCUUACUUCACUGGUGAGGUCAUUCAUGGCACUGGAGGAAUCGAGAUGCAAGGUUGA